AUGAAUAUUUAUGAUGUUUAUCUUGUUGAUCCGCUUUUCCGCGUCGUAUCUAAGAAGAACAAGCUCAAACGUUUCGGGGCAAAGUUGAAAGUCGAGAAAGACAGAGGAGAUGAAGACAAUCAUCUUACUGACGAAGAAUCCCAUGGGAAACACCACACACUGAAGCUAUAUUCUGCAGAUCGAAAGAUCAAAUUGUUCUCCCGUAAUCAGACAGUACUUCGUCAAUUUGAAGAAUCUGUCGUUGAUAUGCUGAAGCAGACUCAAUGGCACGAGUCUCAUAGAUUUGACAGCUUUGCACCUGUACGGAAAGCAGCAUUUGCUCAGUGGCUAGUCGAUGGGCGUGACUAUAUGUGGAAUGUUUCCCGUGCUAUAAGCAUGGCGCAAGAUGUCAUCUACAUUCAUGACUGGUGGUUGAGCCCCGAGUUGUAUAUGCGACGACCGGCGUGCAUUAGCCAAAAGUGGCGUCUGGAUCGGUUGCUCCAGAGGAAAGCCAGAGAAGGCGUCAAGGUAUUUAUCAUCAUUUACAGAAACGUGGAGCAAGCUAUACCUAUAGACUCGGAGUACACAAAGUUCUCGCUCCUUAACCUCCACGAUAAUAUCCUAGUCCUGAGGUCACCGAACCAGCUGAAAAAGAAUCAAUUCUUUUACGCCCACCACGAGAAGGUUUGCAUUGUGGACCACGAUGUAGCCUUCCUUGGAGGAAUCGAUCUUUGUUUCGGCCGUUGGGAUAACCCACAGCACCCAAUUGCAGAUGAUCGACCAACUGGCAUGGAGCCGGACGGGGACAGCCCCCGAGACGCAGAACAUUGUCAGCUUUUCCCUGGCAAAGAUUAUUCAAAUCCUCGUGUCUUAGACUUCUUCAAACUGAACGAGCCUUAUGAAGAAAUGUACGAUAGGAGUAAGGUACCAAGGAUGCCUUGGCACGAUAUUGCGAUGCAAGUAGUUGGUCAGCCGGCGCGUGAUCUUACCCGCCAUUUUGUACAACGAUGGAAUUACCUACGGCGUGAACGCAAACCUACUCGGCCUACCCCCUUCUUACUUCCUCCCCCCGACGCUAAUCCGGUAGAUCUUGAGGCUCUUGGUCUAUCUGGAACGUGCGAAGUCCAGAUCCUACGUUCAGCAGGCGAUUGGUCCCUAGGCUAUCCGAAAGAUAUAAGGGAACACAGUAUCCAGUCAGCAUAUGUAAAGCUCAUUGAAGAAUCUGAGCACUUCGUCUACAUGGAAAACCAGUUUUUUAUUACGAGUACCGAGACUAUGAACACUAGGGUGGUCAACCGUAUCGGGGAUGCCCUAGUCGAGCGCAUUAUUAGAGCCCACGAGAAAGGCGAGGAAUGGCGUUGUUGCAUCUUAAUCCCCCUCAUGCCUGGUUUCCAAAAUACGGUUGAUCAAGCCGAGGGCAGUAGCGUUCGUUUGAUCAUGCAAUUCCAAUACCGAAGCAUAUGCCGAGGCCCAAAUUCAAUUUUUGGACGGUUACAAGCCGUUGGUAUAGAACCAGAAGAUUAUAUCUCGUUCUUUAGUUUGAGGCAAUGGGGUCGGAUCGGUGCUCAUGAUCAGAUCGUAACCGAGCAACUCUAUAUUCACGCUAAGACCAUCAUUGUGGAUGACCGUGUUGCAUUGAUAGGGUCAGCAAAUAUUAACGAACGCUCAAUGCUAGGCAACCGAGACUCUGAAGUUGCUGCUGUUGUUCGAGAUACAGAUAUGAUGUGGUCAACAAUGGCAGGAGAGACUUACCAAGUUGGCCGAUUCGCCCACACUCUUCGUAUGCGUCUAAUGAGAGAGCAUCUUGGACUAGACGUAGAUGAGAUAACAGAAGAGGAGAGGCAAGCAGAGCUUAGUGCCGAAGCCCGCUUCGAAGCCGAGAUGAACCAAUUGUAUGGAGAUGAUGAUGAAAAUCCAGCUGCGGAGAGUUCAGAGCCCGCGGGGCCAAGCAAGUACCAUCGUGGACGAAGUUUCAACCAUGACGUUGCCGCAGAAGAAGGUCCUCGCUCUGCGUCUGCCUCUUCUGCUGCGUCGUCUGUUUCGUCUAGUUCAAGAGGCAACUCGCCAGAUCGUGACCCACGAGUACACGAAAAUGAAAGGCAUAUCAAGGACGUCGAGGGUUAUGGGCCGGAUAACUGGAAGGCGGCGCAAGCUAAAGGAAUUGAUCGUGGAAGUGAUUCAGUUGUAAUGAACGGGCACGAGGUCCUCCUUCAUAGAAAGGGUCGCUCCAAGAGUCAUAAGGCAGACACUAAGGCCAGUGAGCUGCACCCGGAGACGUCUUCUAAGGAUUCAUCACAGCGUAACCUUAGCAAAGGGAAUGAUGAAUUGCCACCGGUCCAGUCAGACCCGUCAGCAAGGUCUCAAUUGCCGCACCCUGUACAGCUUCCAGCAUUGCCAAUCCUGGAUGAUACCGAUAUAGGCGGUCCGCCGAUGAGAUUGGACGAUUCGGGAAGGCCUACAAACGAGCCCCUAAACCCUCUAGUUGCGGAUAUCGUACAAGCUCGGAUUGACAAGGACUGCAUGCGCGAUCCUGUUAACUCUGCUUUCUGGGAUGAUAUCUGGAUGAGAGUUGCCUCGAAUAAUACGAAGCUAUAUCGACGGGUUUUCCGAUGUAUGCCUGACAGUGACGUAACCACGUGGAAGGAAUACAAUGAGUUUGAAGAUUAUGCGCGCCGAUUUAAGGAGAGCAUGGCAGGACCAAGAAAUGAUGAGUCCGAGGCGAGCCAUAUGAGCCACAUUGGUGGAGCAGCAGCAGGUAUUGCGGCACCAGCCGCGGCACAGGGAGCUCCUGAUAUCUCCGAGAAGCUCCAUAAUCAACACGCCGAGAGCAAUCCUAAAGUCGUAGUUUCCAAUGGAAGUACGAGUGUUUUGAACGAAAAGGCCCCGGUUUCCGAGGGCAACCAUUCUCCUGAAAAAGAGAGGCCUGAUAUUGGCUUUGACCCAGAGAGGGUUCGUACUAAGAAUUCCCUCGACACACCUUCGCUAGUACAGCCCGCCGGGGAUACUCCAUUCCCGGCGUAUGAGGGCCAGGUCGAUUCCACAUACCUGGAGCCCCAGGGUGAGAAGCGGGAUCGGCGGGCUACGUUUUCAUCGGCCGAGAAGUCUGCGCCAGAAUCUGGCAGCACCGCUAACCCCUACAACCAUAAUUCGGUGAGGCGCCGCCGACGAGCCACUACUAAGGGUAGCCGACGCGGACCGACCUUCCCGUAUGAGCUCCUCAGCCGCGAUGAAGCGGAGGAGCUAUGUGGGUUGGUUCAAGGGACGCUGGUGCAGUUCCCCUACGACUGGCUCGAAGUCGAGGAGAAGGAUAACCAUUGGCUGUAUCAGGCCGACCUGUUGGCACCCAAGGAAAUAUACGUACUACCCAUUAAUCUUGCGCAUCACUUAAUAAUAAGAGACAUCGAAAUGGCUAACGAAUUAACAGUGACUAAACGACACCCUUUCCGUUCUAGGCCUACAAAGACCUAUUUAUCUAUAAGCUCCCCGGGUAAACUAAGUGCGAAAUAA